CUCGAUGGCCGUAACCAACAUCUACUUGUCGGUUCUGCGUGGACUCGCUCCUUCAACAUUCACACUCCUUGAUUUCACACCAGGAAAGGAACAUGGCCGCAUAUGAUCAAGCAUGUGUAAGUAAUAAAGCAAAGAGUGAGCUUCAUUUUUUGCCCCCAUUCAGUCCCCCAUUCAUUUCUCAUAUAUUUCAAGCCAUCCCUUCGUUUAUAAUCCCUCCCGAUCGAGCAAUCGUUCGACCCAUCUCGGCCUAGAGACGAAUGGCUCGCAGCAUUACCUUCUCUCGUUUCCCCUGGUCACACAGAGCAUGCACAAACCCCACCUUCGGCAACGGUGGCACCGCCCUCGCCAAUUCAGCUUUCGAGAGAUUCCAAUUCGCUCGAAAGGAGAUCGAGACACGAGGCAUCCAAAUUCAUCAUCGUCGCCAGCUAACCCUAUCGUUGACUUCGAGAGAUGACGUUCCCUAUACGCCGAGAUCAUACUCUCCAGGCGAGAGAGCUAAGCAAUUGUAUGAAUACAUCAACGAGAAGAACCUGGAGGCGCUAGAUGAGAUCAUAUCAGAAGAUUGUUGCUUUGAAGAUUUCUACUUCCCCACACCAUUCGAUGGAAAAAAGGAAAUCUUGCACUUCUUUGAGCAACUCACUUCAAACAUGGGCAAGAAUGUUAGGUUCAACCUCAGGAAUGUUGGCGAAGACGAGAACUCGGCAUGGGUGAAUUGGCACCUAGAAUGGAGUGGAGAUGAAAUACCUUUCACAAGAGGCUGCAGCUUCUAUGAAUUUUCAAAAGAUGAAGAGAGGCUGGUCAUCAGGAAAGCUCAAGUGUUUGUCGAGUGGCCGAUCAAACCAGGUGGCACGGUGCUGAUUCUAUUGAAGACUAUCACGUCAUUGUUCGAUGAUUUUCCGGAAGUGUCUGACAGGUUCCUAAAGAGUCCUCGUGCAAUCGUGCAAUGGGCAAUGCGUAUCUACAACAUGUUCCUGGCACCGUUUAUUAGCACCCUACUAGCAAACUACAUGAACUCCUGGAAAUUUAUGGCCCCGAUGCUCGGCUAUGCACUCCAAGUGAUUAUCUCCGUUCUUAAAAUUUUCUUCAAGUAACCAGGCAUACAAUACUGGAUCGAAGAUUGCCCACCCGUCAGUCAUCAUUUCCAUCGCGGCUAUUCCACGUUUCAAACAGGGAGAGAAGCACCAGUGGUCCGAGCACGGGCGGCAUCGGUGGCGGCCUGCUGAAGGCCACAAUGGGUUCAGUCUUUUCACGGGGAUCCGGCAUUCCCGAGUCGCUCUUGCCUCGUUUCAGCGGUGUCGAACUUGUCAAAAUACCUGAUUUACCGAAUCAUUGUUAUUGCCAAGAUUGUGUGAAGUCGUAUCAAGAAGAUUAUUAUGUC